AUGCGGCUCGCGCUGCUGGUCUCGUACGACGGCACGCCGUACCGCGGCUGGACCGACCUGCGAGAAGUCGCUCUCCGCCCCGCGCUGGCCCGCGUGCUUGGCUGCUCGGAGAGCGACCUGCAGCCGGGCCAGCAGCCGUCGCUGCCACUCCUCGAGGCUGCCAGCCGCACCGAUGCCGGCGUGCACGCAGCCGGGCAGGUCUGCACGCUCUCGCUCGACGACGCGGUGCCGCCCGAUCGCCGGAGCCGCCUCGACACCGCCCGGCUCGCCUACUCGCUCAACGCGCUGCUGCCGCCAGAGGUGUGCGUGCGCUGCGCCGCGCUCGUCGCCGACGGCUUUGACGUGCGCUCCAACGUCGGCAAGCAGUACACCUACCGGCUGUCGACGGCGAGCACGCGCGACCCGCUCCGGAGACUGCACGAGUGGCAUGCGCCGCCGCGUCGCGGCCGGCCCGGCUGGGACGCCGCCGCAGUGGCGUCGACGGCGGCGGCGAUGCUCGGGACGCACUCGUUCGCCGCGUUCGGCAACCGGCCGCGCGGCGGCGAGCGGAGCGUCGAGGUCGACCCGGUGUGCACCCUCUCGGAGCUGCGCCUCUCGCAGGGUGGCCUCUCCGAGGCCUCCUCGGCCGGGCGAUGGGCCUUCACCGUCCGCGGCGACCGUUUCUUGUACAAGAUGGUUCGGAACCUGGUGGGCAGCCUGGUGAAGGUUGGCUACGGCGAGAUGGAGGGCGGCGAACUACUCGAGGCGCUCGCGGACGGACGCUUCCGCCGCGGCGAGUCUGUGCCGAUCACAGCUCCGCCGCACGGCCUGGUGCUGGAUAGCGUCGAGUAUGCGGCUGGAGAAGACCCGUUUUCGAGUAGCAGCGCUGGUUUAAAUUGA